UUGAGGCUAAGACAUGAAAGACACAAACAAGCCCACGCGGAUGUUCUGCUCAGACGGGAAACUCGUGUAUGUGGUACAUAUGCUUCUCUUCUUCUCCUUGGGAUUCAUCCUGGGCAUAACCUCCAACGACGCCAAGUUUCCGAACUUCUACCUCCCUUUCAUGCCACCGUUGCCCUCUCAUGCGCCGUCAGCACUUCUGCCGCUGCCGCCUACAUCGUCGCCACCUCCGCCGCUGCCACCUACACCAUCGCCACCUCCGCCACCGCUACUGCCUGCACCGUUGCCAUCACCUCAGAACCCGCAAGCCGGGUUGAUGGGCUUCCUUGCGCCGAGCGGUGUCAUUCACAACAUGACCGACAAGGAGCUGUUCUGGAGGGCGUCCAUGUCGCCGAAGGUCCACCGCACGCCGUACCACCGUGUGCCGAAGGCUGCCUUCAUGUUCCUGGUGAGAGGGGACCUACCGCUGCGGCCUCUGUGGGAGAAGUUCUUUGCGGGGCACGAAGGGUUGUAUUCCAUCUACGUGCACGCCGAUCCAUCUUACACCGGCUCUCCGCCGACGGACUCCGUGUUCUAUGGUCGAAUGAUCCCAAGCCAGAAAACAAUGUGGGGAUACUUGAACCUUGUGGAGGCGGAGCGUCGCCUCCUGGCGAACGCGCUCCUGGACCACGGCAAUGAGCGCUUCGUGCUGCUGUCCGAGUCGUGCAUCCCCGUCUACGACUUCCCCACCGUGUACGCCUUCCUCACCGGCUCCAACACCAGCUUCGUCGACAGCUUUUUCAACCGGGGGCGCUACAACGACUUCUUCGCCCGCCAGUGCAACCUCACCCUCGCGCAGUGGCGCAAGGGCAGCCAGUGGUUCGAGAUGGACCGAGCCCUCGCCAUCGAGGUAGUCUCCGACGACACUUACUUCCCGGAGUUUCGCGAGUACUGUGACACCCAUGAUCCCUGCGUCAUGGACGAGCAUUACGUCCCGACGCUGCUGAGCAUGCUGGGGUGGAAGCGCAACGCCAACCGGACGGUCACGUUCACGGACUGGCGGAAGCGGGGUUUUCACCCGCGGAGACACGGCGCGGCGGACGUGACGGAGGAGCUCAUCAAGGAGAUUAGAGGAGGCGCGGGCAAGAACUGCACCUAUAACGGCAGGCCGGGCGGGAUCUGCUUCGUGUUCGCGCGCAAGUUCGCGCCGGACACGCUCGACCCGCUGCUCGCCUUGGCUCCCAAGGUUAUGGGAUUUGGCGGCUGACACCCCGCGAGAUUGUAUUCAGGACGUCGCAUGACACAGAGAAAUUUCAUGGUUUAGAGAUUGCAUGUAUUUUAUUUCCCUUUCUUACCCUCAAUGAAAUAGGUGAUACCCUUUUUA